AUGCAGAUGACAGAGGUUUUAGAUACCUUGAGGAAUCCCCAGCUCUUUCGUCUACAUGAUCAAGAAGAGAAUCCAGAAACCAUCCCCAUAAGAAACCCAGGAGUUCUGAAAGUUUCUCAUCAAAAGUUUAGGCAUUUUCAGUACCUGUCAAUGACCGGGCCUCACCAAGCUGUGAGUCAAAUCCAGGAGCUCUGCUGGCAAUGGCUGCAGCCAGAGACCCACACCAAGGAGCAGAUGAUGGAGCAACUGGUGCUGGAGCAGUUUCUGAACACUCUGCCAGAGGAGGUUCAGACAUGGGUGAGGUCGAAACAGCCCAAGAACAGCAAGGAGGCAGGAACUCUUGUGGCCAACUUGAUCCAAGCGUGUGGGGAGAAAGGUUUCCUCACUCAGGACUCUGUCCUUGCAGAAAAGAACACCAAAGAAGAGCAAAAGGACACAAAGAUGUUUGACAAUCUGCCGUCUGCUGGAUCCCAGUGUCCAUGUCAAGGAUCCCAAGUAGAGAUGCCCACAGGAACUGCUGAGGAGUUGGUGACUUUCAAGGAUGUGGCUGUGGACUUCAGCCCGGAGGAAUUAAGCUACCUUAGUGCUUCUCAGAGGAACCUCUACCGGGAGGUGAUGCUGGAGAAUUACGGGAACCUGGUCUCCUUGGGGUACCAGUUUCUUAAACCUGACAUUAUCUCAUGGCUGGAAGAGGAGGAGUCACGUGCGAUGGAGGAAGACAGCAAUACAAUGAUAUGUCAAGAUUGGGAGAACAAACCUGAAACCAAAGAUGUAACUCCAGAGCAAAGCCUGCCUAUAGAAAAGUCAUCCUUGGGGGCAGGAAUGGAGGAUUUGGAGGUAGGUAACUCCUGGCGUGUCUGUGUAGGAGAGUCUUCUCCUGAUGAUCCAUCAGAAUCACACCAGGUCAACCAGGAGAAACUUUUGAGUCCUGGGACAGUGAGUGACCCCAAGACCCUCACUCAGGAAAGAAGCCAUGACAGUGAUGAAUUUGAGAGAAGUUCAGAUCGUACUAAACAGCCAGAGGAUCCUCUAGGAAAGGAUCCCCAGGAAUGUGCUACUCCUGGAAUUUGCACCAGUCCCCAGCCAGUGGUCGACGAGCCUUUCCUCCAAAAGAACAAAUACCACAGAUGUGAAUUUUGUGAAAGAACCUUUACUACCAAAUCGGCCCGUGAGAUACAUGAGCGGAUCCAUACUGGGAAGAAACCCUUUGAAUGUAAGCAAUGUGGAGAAGCCUUCUACCUCAUGCCACACCUCACCAGACAUCAGAGGUCUCAUUGUAGUGAGAAGUCCUCUGGAUGCAAUGAAGGUGGAAAGUCUUUCAUCCAGCAUGCAAAUGUCCGUGGCCGUGUAAAAAUUCAUAGGCAGGAGGACUACUAUGAAUGUUUUCAGUGUGGCAAAGCUUUCAUCCAGAAUGUGCAUCUUUUUCAACAUCUCAAAGCCCACGAGGCAGCAAAAGCCCUUCCAACUGGGUUGCCCCGCAACAAGACAUAUUUAAUUCGCUAUCAGCGGAAACAUGACUACGUUGGAGAAAGAGCCUGUCAGUGUUGUGACUGUGGCAAAGCCUUCAGUCAGAGUUCACAUCUCAUUCAACACUAUCGAAUUCAUGCUCAAGAGAGGCCUUACCAGUGUCAGCUGUGUGGGAAAUGUUUCAGCCUACCCUCAUACCUCACUCAACAUUAUCAACUUCAUUCUCAAGAGAAACCUAUUGAAUGCAAUUACUACUGA